UUGCACAGAUCCUCGCUGCUAUAGGCCUGUAAAAAUUAACUUAAAGCAUCAUGUUAGAACUCAAUUAACAAGCUGUUAGCAUCUGUCCUAUCUGUGUUUCAGUUUUACCGUCAGAUGUCCGCAAAGUGAUUGUUGGUGAAGAAGAGCAGCAACAGUGGAGCCCCCUCCUGGACUCAGAGCACACACACAUCAAAGAGGAGCAGGAGGAAGCCUGGAGCAGCCAGGACGCAGAUCAGCUUCGACGUCCGCAGGAGGCCUGUGUCACCAUAUUAACAUUCAGUCCCGUGAAAAAUGAAGAAGAUGCUGAGGAGAAACCAGAGUCCUUGCAGCUUCAUCGCCAUCAGACUGGAAUGAAAAAAGAAGCCAGGAACUCAGACCCAGAAAGCCAUUCAGAGCCAGGAACUGACAAAGCUUCAGACUCUUCUGAGACCGAGGUGAGUGACGGUGACUGGGAGCAGAACAAGGAACCUCAGUCAGGUCAAAAAUGCCGGAAAAACCACAACUUCACUAUUAUCGACAUUAACUGUAACAUUGAGCGAUCGUUCAGCUGUUCCGAAUGUGGUCAGAGGUUCGGCAGAAAGCCACACCUCAAAGCACACAUGAGAAUUCACACUGGAGAGAAACCUUUUAGUUGCUCUUUUUGUGGCAAAACAUUUUCUCAGAAAGGAAACUCCAUCAGCCACAUGAGACUUCACACUGGAGAGAAACCUUUCAGCUGCUCCAUCUGUAAGAAAAGUUUCAGGUACAGUGGUGACGUGAGCAGGCACAUGAAAAUCCACACAGGACUGAAAAAAGGCCGCAGCAAGGUUAGCGACAUGGUCAGCAGUGGCAUUCAUGUGAGGUCAAGACCUGGCGGGAACUUACAUCCAGACACUUCCUUACAACCAGGAAGUGAUGUUAAAGCCCCAGAACCUGAGACUGAAGCAAACCACGAAACUUUGAAGGAACCUGGAGAAUCUCUGCCCCAUUUAAACUCUCUGAGGAGUGACGCUAUCUCUCUGAGUGAGAUAAGAAGUACUGAUAAGGAGGCAUUUAGCUGCUCUGAGUGUGGACGGACAUUCUGCCGUAGAGACCACCUGAUCAGCCACAUGAGAACGCACACUGGAGAGAAACCAUUCAGCUGCUCAGUCUGUGAGAAACGUUUCAGCUGUAGCGGGAACAUCUUGGCACACAUGAGAAUCCACACAGGAGAGAAACCGUUUGAAUGUUCGUUCUGCGGGAAGAGUUUUAGCCAGAAAGGAACACUGCAGCUUCACGUAAGAAUUCACACGGGAGAGAAACCCUUCACCUGCCCUUUUUGUGAUAAAAGAUUUGCGCACAAAAGACGCAUGACGCUGCACAUGUCUGUCCACACAGAGGAGAAACGGUUCAGCUGCAGCGCUUGUGACAAAAGGUUCACCUGGUAUACGCAGCUCAAAACGCACAGGUGUGUCGGAGAGCCAUCACAGCUCCGCCAGAACCAAAGUGAGAAGACAGUUCCUCCGAAGGAGUCCUUCAGCUGCACUGAGUGCGGUAAAAUGUUCAGCCUCAAGGGCAAUUUGAAGACACACAUGAGAAUUCACACAGGAGAGAAACCAUUUGGUUGUUCAGUUUGUGGAAAGAGUUUUAAACAAAACGUGCAUCUGACUGAACACAUGACAAUUCACACAGGGGAGAAACUCUAUAAGUGCAGCAUCUGCGGUAAAGGAUUCAAUAAGAAGUUACUUAUUAAAAACCACACCUGUGUUUAAGCUUGGACGCUUUAUCAGCUCUGAUCACAUCCAC